GGGGUCCUGAGAAGAGACAUUGCCGCGGAGGAGUCUGGGAUUCUUCCUUUCUAGCCUGGGCUCGUAAUCUGCAAACAUGGGUACGAUCAUUUCCCCUUUAUAACGGAACGAUUACAAGAUAUAGUCAUAUUACUUACAUUGACAUGGAAUAAGAAUGUCCUCUUACCUACUUUCAGUAUAAUCGUGGCAAAACGGGCUGUAUUUCUAGGCAUAUUUUUACAAUUUGACGGCCAACUAGCGCAAGUUUCGCAACGUGGAGAGGGCCAGUAGCAUGGCAUGGGGUUCGGCAAGCGCUGCCCCGAUCUGCCUCACGUUUCAGUCACCAAGCAUUUACGAAGCCUGUUGGCUAGUUACCGAAUUUUGAUUACAAAUUGAUAGAAAAAUAAGUUUUUAGCAGCGAACUGCAUUAAUUUGGCUAACUAGCUCAAAUAUUUGGCAAUGAACUAGCUAAAUCGUUAGCGGCUAGCUUGUCAGCACUUGAUGCAUUUACGUUAUGCAUAUGCGGUCAGCUACUGUAGCUAGUUUGCUAUUUUAACUAACGUUAGCCAGGUUCUCUAAGUAGACUGCAUUUGUAGGUAUGUGGUGACCUAUGUUUUGUUUGUCGACCUAGUUAUUGGCAUGAUUUUAAGUUUACCGUUCUAUUUCCCCAGGAAAGUGUCGCGGUCUGCGUACAGCCAGGAAGCUGCGUAACCAUCGUCGUGAGCAGAGAUGGCAUGAUAAACAGUAUAAGAAGGCCCAUCUCGGCACUGCCCUGAAGGCUAACCCCUUCGGAGGCGCUUCCCACGCCAAGGGAAUCGUACUUGAGAAAGUGUAAGUAGCUAGCUAACGUUACAUCACAACACCACUGUGUGUUCACUGAUGACCAUGCAAGCUUUAAUCCAGUAAAAAGCUAUGUGAAUGCUGUACGAUCAACUAUGUACAGUGCACUGAAUGUCAUCUUUCAUAUGUCAGUCUGAAGUGUCAAACCCCUCUUCCCGAUUCUUCUUACAGAGGUGUUGAAGCUAAGCAGCCCAACUCUGCCAUUAGGAAGUGUGUCAGGGUUCAACUCAUCAAGAACGGCAAGAAGAUCACUGCCUUCGUCCCAAAUGAUGGUUGCUUGAAUUUCAUUGAGGUAAGAGUCAAAGCCAACAUUGCAUCCAUCUUACCAAAGUACAGUGUACCGGUAACUGUGGACGGCAGGUAGCUUAGUGGGUAAGAGCGUUGUGCCAGUAACCGAAAGGUCGCUGGUUCUAAUCCCCUAGCCGACUAGGUGAAAAAUCUGUCAAUGUGCCCUUAAGCAAGGCACUUAACCCUAAUUGCUCCUGUAAGUCGCUCUGGAUAAGAGCGUCUGCUAAAUGACUAAAAUGUAAUGUAAAUGUAUUUGUAGGAUGUUGUGGAUUGCCUUAAAUUCAGAACAAGCAGAGAUUGAUCAAUACCUAGAACAUUAGCUAACUUGCCAGAUAUUUUAGGAUCUGACAGACAGUUGGGUAGCCAUAUAAACCAAUAUCUUACACUCAGCCAGAUAUCCACUACAAUGACAAAUGUAGGACUCCCCAUAAGUAAUCUAACAAUAUGCAGGUAGUGAUGUGUUCAGGGACAAUAUUUUUGAUAUUCAAAGUUGACCGAUGCAUGUUGGCCUGUGUAUUUAGUUUGUUUCCCUUGCUCUUUCAGGAAAACGACGAGGUUCUGGUGGCAGGAUUUGGUCGUAAGGGACAUGCCGUCGGUGAUAUCCCCGGUGUCCGUUUCAAGGUGGUCAAAGUGGCUAACGUCUCCCUGCUGGCCCUUUACAAAGGCAAGAAGGAGAGACCCAGAUCUUAAACAGUUCUGACUGAUAUCAAUAAAUUACGUUUUCACAAUUCCA